AUGUCACUUUCCAAUGGCCAGGCCGCUUGGCCGCCGCCCGGACUGCAUCACUCCAGCAGCAGCAGAAGUCUGCAGGUUGCGGACGAUGGAGUGGCGCGUAUCGCGACCCCCGUCGACAACUCGCUGGUGUUGAUGCCUGAGGCAACCCUUGAUGCCGAGGACGAGAGGCGACGCGCCCAUUUUGCAGACCUGUAUCAUAAAUCCGAGGAGAAGAUCGCUCUGCUCUUUGCCGACGACGGUUCUUACAAUCUGAACGCGAUCGAGUCUCUACGGCGCUCACCCCCCGCCCCUACCGUCACCCUCCCUCCAACCACCGACCACGAACCUAUCAAGGAGCCGCCGCUCAAGAAGGCGAAGCGCACGAUAGACGAAGACGAUUAUGACGAUGAUGACGAGGAUGAAGAAGACGAAGAUGCCUCGUCUGCCGCCCAUAAACCUCCGGCUGCGGCUGCGGCGGCCGCCGCUUCCAACUCACUGUUAUCGCCAUCCAAGUCCGGUAGCUCUCCGGUGCAGUCCGUCACGUCCCCCAGCAGAAUAGCAGAUAAAGCGAGGUCUCAGGAUGGAUCGCAAACCAAGGGGAAGCCGGAAGACGACGCUAUCAAGCAGCUCGAAGAUGCCAGGAAGGCAACAGAAGCCGCCGCCCGGCGAAGCUUUCACACGAUAAUAUAUACCCUGGAAAAUGACCGAACGGCAAUGCUUGAGCAGCAACAGUUAGAAGACUCAGAGAAGCAACUUCAGGCUGAAAUGGAGAACAACAACAGCGCAAGUGCGACGGGCCCGCAAGCAGCGAACCAAGGCUCCCUCAGCAGCGCGAACCUGGGCGCUUCGAGUCUCACCCUCAAACACCUCAUUGCCCGGAUAGAUAUGAAGCGAGACCAAGUCAAGGCUUCUGAUGCUGAACUCAGGCUCUUGAUGAAUGAAGUGCGAAAGAACCGCAGCAAGUGGGCAAGCGAGGAGAAUGUCAACCAGGAAGAGCUCUACGAGGCACUGGAAAAGGUCUUGACAGAGCUGAAAGCGCAUACCGAGUACUCAACGCCGUUCCUUACCCGCGUCAACAAGAGAGAUGCUCCUGACUAUUACAACUUCAUCAAAAACCCGAUGGAUCUUGGCACCAUGACCAAGAAGCUGAAGUCGCUGACGUACAAGUCAAAGACUGAAUUCGUGGUUGACCUCAACCUUAUUUGGGAUAACUGCCUCAAGUACAAUCAGGACAUGAACCACCCGCUCCGCCGAAUGGCUAAUGGCAUGCGGAAGGAAGCCGAAAAGCUGAUACCCCUCAUUCCUGACCUUACCAUUCGUUCGCGUGCCGAAGUCGAAGCUGAAGAGCGGAGGAAGCAGAAUGGUGGCGAAGAUGACGGCGGCGAGGACUCUGACGACGAACCCAUCAUGUCUUCCCGUGGUCGUAAGGCUACUACUAAGGGGGCUAAUAAGUCUAGGAAGGCUCCUAAUGAUCCCAAGGAAGAUACCCCGGUGGUCGACCAGAAACCAAUCCUACAGGUGAACGGACUCCUGGGCAAGCUGGGUCGCGAGGGCUCAGAAAUGGAUGGAAGCAAUGGCUUCGCGACACCUCCUAUCGGCGGCUCCAUCACUCCUGGCGCGGCCAAUGGGCCGUCUGGAAUCACAAGUAACGCCGAUGCCAUGGAUAUCGACGGUCCAAGCAUCAAUGGAAUGAGCUUGAAUCAAGCUUUUGGCCAGGCUUCCGAGCAGGCUUACGAGGACGAGGAAUACAAGAUAUGGAAGCAGUGUACAAAGAAAGACCGAGCUCUGGCUGCCAAAGAACGCUUCCAGCUCUUCAAAGACAACAAGCUCAGCGUGGACGCUCCCGCCCUACUCCGAAGCAAGGCUGGAAUGCGAAGAUUCCUGGCUCGCCAAAAGGAGGCAGAGCUGACCAACGGCACUGUAUUUGACGCGCCCGCAACUACUGCCAAAGCCGCUGGAAGCAAAGGGACUGAGACGUUGGCCGAAGGCAUCGAAGAGGAAAAGGAGCAGGUUCUCCCCGACUAUUACACUCCUAUGAGUAAUAUUCCGGAUAUUCCAUCCAAGAUGCAAUGGGUCGAAGACGGCGAAGGCCAGGUGAUUAACCAGCAUGAGGAAUUCCUUCGCCUUGUGCCGCCUGGCUCCUUUGUUGCGUCGCAAAGUAAAUUGACGAAGAAGAUGGAUGAAAAUAUUCACCAGAUACAAGAAACAAGAAAACUGGCCAUGAAGAUUUCCGUCAUCAAACAGAUGCAGGUCCAGUCUCAGGUUUAUACGAAUCAAUUCCCCAAGUCAAAUUCGGAGCCAUUCCGAGAACUGGAUAUAGAGCCCCAUUUCAUCUCAGACGAUGGCCCGGUAAUGGCGCCCAACACCUGCCAAGAUGCUCUGAAGCGCUCCAUUGCAAAGAUUCUCUACACCACUGGGUUUGAAGAGCUACAGCCAUCUGCCAUGGAUGCAUUCACGUCGAUCGCAGCCGACUAUUUCCAGAAGCUGGUCAGAACGUUCAACGUCUACCGAGAGGCUGAGAAGAAGUCAGUCCAGAUUGGUGGCCAGACGGUGCUACAGCCACGCUUUACGCCAGAGGAGGUCAUCCUUCAUACUCUUGACGAAAAUGGUCAUGAUGUCGCAUCCUUGGAAAGCUACGUCAAAGACGACGUCGAUAGGCUGAGUAGCAAGCUGGGUGCUUUGCAUGAUCGAAUGAAGUCGCAUCUAGCGGAUCUCCUCCGCCCGGCCCUCUCUGCAGAUGCUGGCGAAGACGGUGCUGGCGCCUUUAAUGACGGCAGCGACCAGUUCACUAGUGGAGACUUCGCCGAGGAUCUGGGAGAAGACUUCUUCGGCUUCCGGGCUCUUGGACUGGACAAGGAAAUGGGUCUCGACUUCGUGUCUGUGCCGUUCCAUCUGCUGCAGAGCAGAGUGCGCAGCCAAUACCAGAUGCAAACACAGGCCUCUGGUGGAUCGAGCAGCGAAAUCUUCGAACCACUGCCUAUCUCGGAGCCUGUCAACAAGGAGAACAUCCAGCACCAGAUUGGCCUGGUCAAGAACUUCUUCCUGGCCAAGCUUCACGCUAACAACGAUGCACCGUUGGUUGAGGAUGAAGAUUUGCCGACCAAGCAACGCAAACCGCGUCCCCGUCUCGGCGCCAGCGGUAAAAUCAUCUCUGCCCAGAAGCGUCCGCCAAAGGAGCAAUUGGCGCUCGCCAAGAAGAAGAAGAAGCUGGAAGCUGCUGCGGCUGAAGCUCGACUCAACGCAUCUCCCGACAAGGCGGCAGCAGCCGCGGCAGCGAAAAAGAGACCAACGUCCAUGCCGAACGGCAAUGUGCCAAACCCUGCGCUUCUCGCACUCGCACCAAGCAUGGAGCGGACGGAUAGUAUGCAAAGCCAGGGUGGCAUGAGCCAAACUGACAAGGACGACACUACCGGAAUGAUGAGCCCAGAGAGCAUUGCCCAGUAA